AUGAUUCUUGGAUAUGGUGAAUUUCAUGAUACAUACCAAAUAUCCUUGCUUGGAUUGUGGACAACGGAAGUGGAAGAGACAAUUGCGACGAAUAUUUGGAAAUGUGUGGAUGAUGAAAACUGCAGAUUAAUUGGAGAGUUCCGGAAUGGAUCACAGAUUAUCUGUUCUUGUUACACGAAUUCCAAAGACAUUUUCUGUUCGCUCAUAUCCUGUCAAAACCAGACAGAAAACACAUCUUUCAUGAACAUAAGGUUGGAAUGUACAUAUCACUUAGCAGAUCCGGAAGACUCUAUCGUCUGUCCAGGCUGGCUUUCUAAUGAUACAGAAAUAAUUACUUUCCUACAAGUAAAGUCAAACCUUAAUCACAUAACGGAUCGUCAAACAGUCUUCUUCGAACAUGUGAUUGGAAAUCAAUGUGACUUAUUCAAUGUAUACUCUACCGAACAUGAGACUCAAUAUAAAACAUCAGGUGGCGUGAAUAGACGAAAUAGAAUAUCCAUCUCUCUGAAUGAUUCGGCACAUGGAAAAGGUUUUCAUUACAUCUUUGCCAAUUGCAGUAAUGACGGAGAUUGUCUUGUGUACUUUGCUAAGAGUCACCGCGACAGAAGAACAAUACUGUGCAUUUUUCUUUCCACAAAAUCGCAUUGUAUUACUUAUGAUUGUCACAGAGCGUCUUCCUCAGAAACCCAGGAUACUGAUCGUCAACAUGAUGUUAUUCUAUCCAUGAAAAAUCAGCCACGUUCAUUAGACUUACUGAAAACAUUCUGGCAAAACUGGAAGGUAGUGAUUGUACUUAUAUUUACUGGUGCUGCAAUAGUGAGUGGAAUCCUAGGAUUGCUUCUUGGUGUGUUGAUAUCAUAUAUGAAGAGCAAAAUCAGCAGAAUCAAAAACAGAGAGGAAACACCGUAUCGCUGUUCUGAAAUUUAUACGGAAAUCAACGAUACAACAGAAAACAAACAUCAAUGGAAAGAGGUGAAGGUUCAACCAUCUAUUGAUAGAGAAUCAAAACAAAUGCAGAAAAAUGAAUCGAAUGGUUCUUCCAUCCAUCAACAAUCAAGUGGAAUUGAUAUUGACCAUGAGUAUAGUCAUGUCUACAAUACACUGCAACCAAAUUACCGACCGAAAUGUUACCAAGAGAAACUUGUCAGUGUACGACAACACAUUGCCUGCGUAUCUGAUGUUCCAAAAAGCCUUUCACACAGAAAAUCUUUCAGUUUGGAUUCCUCUGAUAUUGAUAUGCACGAUUUUUCCAAAGAUGUCAGUGUUUCGAUUUCCUUGGAGACAAUCUCAUUGUAAGAUCUGAUUGUAAUCUUUUCUACGGAUAAAUCUUGUUUGCCUGAUCAAGGUGUGGGGAUCGCGGCGGGUGUGGCCGGUCGACUGGAUAGAUUUGCUCCUCAUAGGCACCCGAUUCCACCUCUGGUAUUAUCCAGGGGUUAAUGUCUGCCAAACUUUCUAUUUUUGUCUAUUGACAAUAAUAAUUUUCAUCCAUAUGUCAAUUCAUUAUAUCCCUGUGAGUUCGAAAUAAAAGACACCACAGAGUCA